AUGCUACAGUGUCUUGAUGGCCAAAAGGUUGCUGCUGAUGCCGAUUUGGAAGCUCGAAGUGUUCCAGAUAUAUCAGAGGCGUCUAAUUCCGAUGGAACUUCCCAGACGUCUGUCCGAACACUAACGAGGACUCGAUGUAAAAAGCUUGGAAGUGAAUCCAGUCUUGUUUCUGGUCUGCCGAAAGUAAAACCAGCAUCUCAAACAAGGAAAUCUAUGAGAUCCAGAGUUUUAUCAAACAGAAGUAGAGGAUUGUAUGGUAACUACAGUGGUAAAGGAACCGCACAAAAAUCACGUUCCCGACGUCACGUACUUAAAAAACAGACGCAAAAAUUGGGAAACCCUCCAGCUCUUAUCAGCCUUCGCAAUUGUGUCUACCAUGAGAAUGUUUGGUAUCAUGUGGGCGAUAUAGUUUCGCUGUUGGAUGUUGAUGGUGAAGUUUUCUAUGCCCAAAUAAGAGGACUGGCUACUGAUUUGGUUGGUGAUAGUUGCUGCUUCUUAACUUGGUUGAUCCCAUCUUCAGGUUGCAGGGAUGAAGAAUUCCGACCAUCAGAUUAUAUAAUAGGUAUGGAAGAAGAUGUACUGAGGGAUCUGCGUUGUUGUAAACUAGUGUGUCGUUGUCCUUCUGAUUAUUUCCAACCUAUUGCCAGCCCAUAUACAAUACAGUCAUUUAAGUAA